CAACCGUGUGAGUUCAGAAAAAUGGUCAAUGAGGGGAUCUUGUUGGCCCCAAUCGAGAUAGAAAACAGAAUUUGGCCGAAGAUUUUUACCAAACCUGAGGAUGACAGCAGUAUAGCUCCUCCUCCAUCACCCACCAGACGCCAUGUUGAGGAUCAACUCAUGAAGCUUGUACAAUCAACUGAUCGUCAAGAUGUGAAAGACUUUGUUCUGCUACAGAUCCUCUAUCAGCUGAGCAUGAUCUGGUGUCCAAGCAGUGUUCUUAGCAUUCCAAAGCAUUUAUUCAAGUAUGUUGACAGCAUUAAACAUGCAAAUAACACUGCUUGGGGGACCUAUAUAUUUAGUGAUACAUUUAAUGUGAUUGAAAAGGCAUUGAAGGGUCUUGGGCCAGGAAAGAAGAUUGUAUAUCUGCAAGGGUGUACCCAGCUUGUUUGUCUGUGGCACUAUAAACUUACUAGCAUCAAGAAGCCAGUAGUGGGAAGUAUGUCCCGGACUCCCCUCUCAAAUUGGGCGAAACUAGGAGAUAUUGUUGGAUCCCUGAGAUUGACUACUGUUAUAGCUAAAGCAAGGCAAGCUACUAUAAAACUUUCAUAG